CACUAAUCUAAUUAAGAUUUCUCCUUAUGACAAGAAAACCGCAAAAUGUCUUCAUAUAAGCCCGAGGCGCUUAUUUAUUCGUGUAGAUAAACCGUCGUGUAACAUGCCCCUGAAUUAGUAAACGGACCAUAACCAAGGAAGAGAAAUUAACGCGGACUCCUCCCGCUGCCCGACCGUCCCUGCGCUCUCUCCCCGCUUCUCCCCCUCAUUCGCCCUCUGAAUCCCAAAACCAUACAGAUUAGACACAAAAACGCUUAAAAAAGGUUGAGCGCCGUAAUGGCGCCGUCAACGAGACGAUGGUGGAGGCGCGCAACGUCGGCGUUAAAAGACAAGCAAAGUGUGUACCUAAGCCGGGUUGCGGGCGGCGGCCAGCGGGCUCGCCCCCCCAGCCACGAUGAGCGCUCCGUCGAUUACAAGAACGCCGGGCGAGUGUUUGCGUGGGCACGCACCUCGCCCACCUGUCUUGAUCCGCUCAUGCGCGCGCUCACUCGCCGCGCAACCCGAACGCGUUCAUGGGUUGUGGGGCUCAAGACUCUCCUCCUCGUACAUGGCGUUCUCCUCUGCUCCGACGCCGCGCUACGCAUCGGCCGCCUCCCGUUCGACCUCUCCGACUUUCGCGACCACUCCGCUCGCCCCUCCGUUGCGUCCUACGGUUUCUCCGCCUUCGUACGAGCCUACUUCCAAUUCCUUGAUUACCGCUCUGUUUUUUCUUCCCCCAUCUCCCAAUUUUAUAAACGCGAAAAUUCCCCCUCGUCUUUCUCCGAUUCCAUGCUGCUAGCUCCCGUUCCCUCCCAUUCACUCAGCAACGAUCUGGAGAUGUUGGUGAAGAUGCAGCAUCUGCUCGAGCUGCUGAUGCAGAUCCGGCCAUAUGCCGAUGGAAUGGAGGUGGGGCUUAUUCUUGAGGCGAUGAAUUGUGUCGUCAUUGAGAUAUUUGAUGUAUACAGCAGUAUCUGUAGAGGCAUUGCAAGAUUUCUUGUUGAUGUGCUCGGCUCUAAUUCCUCCACAUCCUCUGCCUCCCUGACGGAUGCCGCUUCCUCAAAGGCCAAGAACGUUUUGCCCCCUGAAGAAAGGAGACGACUUGGUAUGGCCGGGAUGAGGGUGCUCCGUAGAGCUGCAAAGCAAAACGAGCAGCUCUCCUCAUUCUUCGGUCUAUGCCGUAGCCUGGGCGUGCUGAACGCUGCCGAGAUUCCUCCCGUGGAGUCCAUACCUGAGGAAGACAUCCGCGACCUCGAGGAUCUUGUGCGUGGUGGCGUCCCUGGGAGUGCUGAGGACGAAAAUUAUCGCAAGGAGGAUGAAGACAUAAGAAGCAAGAAACCGUAUGAUCGGAGGUCGGUAACGGUGGUGACGGAGGAAUGGGAGGUUUUUGAGGAGGACGCUGCAGCGGCGGCCACCCCUUUGCUGAACGGCAUUGGGAAUCCCUUCCUCUCAUUGAAAGAUGAAGUAAAGCCGGCGUUUUUACGCUUGCCGUGGGCUGCGCCAAUACACCAUCAAGCAGCUCCGCCGUUCGCCGGCGGCAAUUUGAUUGAACUGAUUUCAAGAAAGAAAAAUUGAUAUAAAGUUGCUCUGGCCAUCAUGUUGGGAUUGAUAUUCUUCAAUUCUAUAGGGAAUAAUUUUGUCCACUGCGUUCUGGGGUUAUUCUUGGAUUCGUAUAACGUUUUGGUGAGGAUUUGAGCUUCUUGUUUUAUUUAAUUAAGUCCUGCACUAAGUUGCAUUUUUAGCUUUGGUUGCAGGACUGCAACUAUCCAUGAUGAGCGAUAAAUUAUCAUCAGCAUUUACAAGUACUAGAAUUUUAUAUGUAGAAUACGGUUUGAUGGGAAGGAUUCUUCUC